AUGGCCCAAGCUUCAGAAUCGCGACUUCCAACACCUGCACGCGACACCACCGCACGACCAGCGCAUUUCUACCAGCUCGAUGCGCGCAUUUGGCGUAUUGAUAGGGCCAUGGCGCCCCAGAUCCCCCUAGACCAAAUCCCGACAUUGCGCCCAUAUGACAUAGUCAAGCAGCGCGUCGACCUCGAUGUCGACUUUCCUGCGCGCUCACUCAAAGGCAGCACCGAGAUCACAGUCCAGCCAACCUCCAAGGAACUGCGAACCAUCCAGCUACAAUGCAGACAGGCGAAAGUUACGCAGGUGCAGGUCGGGGGAAUCACGGCGAAAUGGGACUACGAUGAUCCGUAUCGAGCGCAUGUGUCGGCCAAGUCGACAGUGCACCAGCAUGCGAUGCUGAAGGGCAAGGUGGAGCACUCGAUGAAGCCAGCACCUCAGCCAGAGCUGUAUGUGACACUGCCGCCGAAGCUGAAGAUCCAGGAGCUCCAAGGCGACAGUGCGGCAGCGGUGCAGCAAGAGAGUGAGGUGGCAGAGACGCCCAUCUUGGAGAAGGCGCAGCAGCUGGGACCGACGUUUGCUCCCAUCAAGCUCACCGUCGAAUUUGAGGUGGAGAGUUCUCGCGAUGGUGUACACUGGAUUGGUUGCGAGGAGACGGACAAGCGAUACCCGCAUCUCUACACCAAACUCGAGCCGUGGGCUGGCAACACUUCCAGCAUAUUUCCAUGUGUUGACGAUGCGACUACACGUGCACAGUGGGAGAUUGCGAUUCGAUGCCCGCGCACACUCGGCGAUGCCUUCAGAAGACCGAAGACUGGUCAAGUGCUGGAAAACGGCGAUGGCGUAGCAGCUACAAAUGGCGAUGUCGAGAUGGUCAACGGUACCGACGCGCCCGCGAAAACGGACAACACACCCAUGGCCGAUGAAUUCUUGAUCGAUCUCAGCGAGGAAGAUGCUGCGCUAGAACUGGCCAUUCUCUGCGUUGGCUCCCUCCUCGAAGAUGUUGCGGACUCGUACGAUGACAGCCGUCAUACGGUCACUUACAGCCUCAACGACGCAGUAUGCGCACGCCACGUCGGUUUCGCGAUUGGACCUUUUGAGUCUGUGGAUUUGACAAGCACAAGGACUGCAGACGAGGAAGAGAAGCUUGCGGCGACUGCUGUGAAGGUCGAGGCGUUCUGUUUGCCGGGCCGGACAGACGAGGUGCAGAACACCUGCUUCCCGAUAUGUCAGGCGGUCGACCACCUUAGCGUGCAUUGUGGUAGAUUCCCAUUCUCCAGCUACCAGAUGCUUUUCGUCGACGAUGCAAUUCACGACACUUCUGCCGCGGCCGGUCUGUCAAUUUGCAGCACCCGUCUACUUUUCCCAGAGGAGAUCAUCGAGCCGAUUGACAGAAACACUCGCAUCCUUGUUCGAGCCGUCGCGGAUCAGUGGAGUGGUGUCAACAUAAUUCCCAGAGAACCCACGGAUGCCUGGGCAGUGGCCGGAAUAGCUGGCUACCUCACGGAUGUGUUCAUGAAGAAGCUAUCAGGUAACAAUCAGUAUCGAUGGGAGCAGAAGCUGGCGUCCGAGAAGGUGUACGACCUUGAUGUGGAUAGGCCAUCGAUACAAGAUCACGGCUAUCUGCUUCAUCUGGAUCCGUCCAUUCGCGAGUUCCUCGAUCUGAAAUCGACGUUAGUACUAGGUAUACUGGAUCGUCGUCUGAUCAAAUCAUCUGGCUCUACCGGAGUGAUGCGCAUCAUCAACAAGAUUUUCCUCAAUGCGAAGACUGGUACUCUCCACAAUGGUGCACUAUCUACUGCCGAGUUCCAGCGCACAUGCGAGAAGCUGGGUCAUAACAAGCUGGAACAGUUCUUCAGGCAGUGGGUAAUUGGUGCGGGAUGUCCCAUCUUCUACGUCACCCAGAAGUUCAACAAGAAGAAACUGGUCGUUGAAAUGGACAUCAGACAGCGACAAGCAGACAGACAGACCAAGCCUCUCUUCGCUCCGAACAACUUCAUGCGGGAGGUGAAGGAGCAUGUUGGGGACGUCUACGCAGGCGCGCUCCAGCCCGUGUUCACCGGACCCAUGACCAUCAGAAUCCACGAAGCUGAUGGCACGCCUUACGAACAUAUUGUGGAGAUUAAAGAGACAGUAACAAAGCUGGAGAUCCCGUACAACACAAAGUACAAGCGCCUCAAGCGAUCCAGGAGACAGAGGGAACGCGCGGCAGCCGAAGGUCAAGCAGGCGAAAAUGCCGAUGAAGCGCUUCUGUAUUGCCUGGGCGACGUUCUCGACCGACCUGAAGACAUGGCGGAGUGGAAUUUGAUGGACUGGAGCAAAGAAGACGAGGACAAGAUGAGAGGCGAAAGCUACGAGUGGAUUCGUAUGGACGCCGAUUUCGAGUGGCUGGGCAGGAUCCAUCUCGUGCAGCCCCUCUACAUGUACAUCUCCCAGCUGCAGCAAGAUAGGGACGUUGUGGCACAAUGGGAAUCUAUGCGACAACUUGUUGGAGCCCCGCCUCAUCACGUGUCGCUGUCUAUUCUGCUCCGGACGCUGAUGGACGAGCGAUACUUCUACGGAAUCCGCGUUAUGGCAGCCGAGGGACUUGCAAUGCUGGCGAGGAAUCAAGUGCUUGAGAUCGGCCAGACGCACCUCAUGAAAGCCUUCGCCGAGAUGUUCUGCGAGGAGGAUGGCGUGAUGCCACGCCCGAACGAUUUCACCAGCCGGGUAGCCUUCAUUAUGCAAUGUGCCAUACCUCGGGCCAUGUCGAAGUUGAGGAACGACGAAGGCAAGGUCCCGAAAGCAGUCGAGCAAUUCUUCGUGGAUAAGCUGAAGUUCAAUGACAACUCCGACAACCCUUACUCGGAUUGCCAUUACGUCUCAACCCUGAUGAGUUGCCUGGCUGAUUCGCUCGUGGUAUCGCACCGCAUUAUCAAGCCUCCUGCAGCACCAACCUACGAAUUCAGCUUCAGCGAGGAAGAGCCUCCUGAGGAAGAAGAGCAAGAGGAGAUCAACCCUGAUGCAGAUUUUGAGCAGAUGGCGAUCGAUGAGAUUGAACGCUAUCGACGCCUAGAUGAGUGGGUUGUGACGCACCAGAACAUCUACUCAACCACUGCCAUUCAGUGCCUGCAAAAGCUUACCAAAGCUGGCAUCGUCAAAGACAAGACCAAAGAACUGCUACAGUACACGAGAUCGAGCACAGCAGACAACGUGCGACUGGAGGCAUUUAGAUGUCUCAACGAGAUUGGCUUGACACGCCGCAUGCCUGUCAUGAAGCACCUGAUAUACAAUCUCGUGGAGGAUCGAUCACCUUACGUCAGAGCCCGUCUCACGAUACUACUUGGCGAAGCUCUGGGCCAUAUUGCAUUAGGUGACGAUCCGGUGGAGAAGACUGAAGCAGCGCCUCCCCCCGCCGAUGGCCUGAUCGUGGAAGAGGGAGCCAGCAAUGAAGCGAAACGCAUCGAAGCGACUCGGAAGACAACCACAGAAGGUGCCCUGGCUGCUCUUAAGGUGACACUGCAGGACAGCGAGGUCUUCAAGCAGGCGUUGUGGUAUGCUGCUACGUCGCCCGUCAUCUCGCUAGACGAGAUUGCAGGCUUUUGCGACAUUGCAGCCUUGAUCUACGAGGCUGUCACUUCUCUCACUGUGAUGAUGAAGCUGCCUCGUCCGUACAAGUGUGUGCGCGAGGGCAAGGGUAAAGUGCGUUUCUACCAGGAGGGCCCAUACAGGACAAAGCCUGUGAAGGGACUUCCUUUCGAGGACUACCAGAGCCUGGAAGUCCAUGGCCUGAAGUAUAGUGGUCCUCUUGGUGAAGAUACCAAGCGAGCCAUCGCCAAGAAAGCCGACGACGCCGCCGCGGCUCAAGCACUGAAGACUCGCAUCAACACUGCGGCGCAACAGAUGGCAGCCGCCCAAGCACAAGCAGCGGUCGUGUCGAUGCCACCUCCACCGACAAUCCCGACACCGAGUACCGAAAAAUCAGGCAUCAGGCUUAGUCUGGGCGGACCCAAACGAAAGCCAAGUGUAGACAUUCGCGAAGCGUCUCCGAAGGCUAUCAAGAUAUUCAAUGCAUCGACCCCAGGUAGCGCACCUUCGCGCAAACCGUCUGCAGCUGGCAAGAGUAGGCCUGUCGUGUUGAGUCUGGGAAUUAGUGCUUCUCGUAAGGCACAACAGAUCGUCACUUCCCCAGCAACGCCAGGAAGAUACCCAUCUGGAAUGACUGUGCCAUCGCGCGCCAUAACACCUCAGUCUUCGCAGAUUCUUCAACAACCCACCAGUCUUUCACCCCAAGCCAGCUUUUCCGCGACUACUCCAACGCCACCCGCCGCUCCACUCAACCUUAACGUGGGAGGCUUCCGAUCUUUCGAUUCAGCUGCUGCGAACCCAUUCGGUCCUUCGCCAGAUGUCAUCUCGCCCGCACCAGCAAGCAGCUUCGCGGGCUCUCCACCUCCACGAUCAUCUGUGACGAGUCUCACAGGUGGAGGCAUCACGAGCCUGACGAGCUUGUCAGCUAAGAGUGCUUCCCCACCAGCAGUGACGCAGCCUCCCAAGCCGAAGUUGAAGCUGAAGUUUGGCGCGAGCAGGCAGAAUAGCGUUAGUGGUCCGCAAGGCAGUCCACCGGGAUAG